AGUUUUGUUUGCGCGCUGAAAACCAGGAAGUUUUUGGAAUUCAAGAGAAAAGAAACUUAUUUUUUCACUACAAGUGACUCAACUCUAAUAGAUCCACACCGCUGUUCUUUAGGGCAAAGCCAAGCAAAUUUGAAUUGUAUUUCUGUCAAGAUACUUGGACUUUCUCAAAUCUUGACAUUAUUCAUACUUUCACCUCAGUGAAAAAUAGUACUUGUCAGAUAACUUUGCUUUUCUUGGCAAAACAGCCCUUAUUAAAGGACAGAGACUGAGAAUCUGUUCAUCUUUGAACACUGUAAAGAAAUGGCAGAGUCUGCAGUGAGUCAGUAUGUGGAUCAGUUCAGCUGUCCAGUCUGUUUGGAUCCUCUGAAGGAGCCGGUGACGAUUCCCUGUGGACACAGUUACUGUAUGAGCUGUAUUACUGACUGCUGGGGCCAGAAGGAGCAGGGGCCGCCGUACCGCUGUCCCCAAUGCAGAGAGAGCUUCAGUCAGAGACCUCUACUGAAGAAGAACACUCUGAUAGCUGAGAUGAUGGAGACGCUGCAGAAGACGUCCCUACAAACGGCUGCUGUGGAGUGUGAUGUUUGCACUACAGAGAAGAACAGAGCUGUAAAGUCCUGUCUGCAGUGCUUGGCCUCCUUCUGUCAAACUCACCUGCAGCUUCACUAUGAAUCUCCUGCGUUUAUGAAGCACAAACUAGUCGAAGCUUCCAGAAACAUUCAGGAGAACAUCUGCCUCAGUCAUGGGAAACUUCUGGAGAUUUACUGCCGGGAUGAUCGUCAAUGCAUUUGUUGUUUGUGUAUUAAUAAUCAUAAUGACCACAACACAGUGUCUGUGGAUUCAGAAUGGACUAGUAAAAAGAAAGAGUUAAAGGAGAUAAAGGUGGCGUGUCAGAAGCAGAUCCAGGAGCGAGAGAGAGGUCAGCGGGAACUCAGAGAAGCUGUGAAGUAUUUUAAAAGUUCAGCUCUAGAGACCAUGGAGGACAUUGAGAAGGUCUUCACUGAGCUCAUCUGCUCUCUUGAGAAGAAACGCUCUGAGAUUAAAGAGCAGAUCAGAGCUCAGGAGAAGACUGAGAUAGGUCGAGCAGAGGAACUUCACAAACAUCUGGAUCAAGAGCUGACAGAACUCAGAAAAAGACAAGCAGAUAUUGAGGAACUUCUGAAUACUGAAGACCAAAUCCAGUGUCUGAAGAGCUGUCAGUCUGUGUGUGUUUUACCUUCAUUUGAAGACGUUCCCAGCUUUACUCAACACACUCAUCUGUCUUUUAAAGACAUUUCAAUCUCAGCGUUUAAGGAGGUUUUGGAGGAUGCCUGUCAACAGCAAACAGCCAGAAUAUCUCGAGAAGUGUCAAAUGUUCAUGUUGCACAGACUCCAGAACCAAAGACUCCAAAUACAUUUUGGCAAUAUUUCUGUCAGCUGCAACUGGAUCUGAACACUGCACAUAAAGAAAUCAAACUGUCAGAAGAGAACAGAAAAAUGUCAUAUUCAGAUAAAGCUCAGCCGUAUCCUGAUCACCCAGAGCAAUUUGAUAAUUUUCAUUACAUCUUGUGCCGGGAGGGUUUGUGUGAUUGCUGUUACUGGGAGGUCGAGUGCAGUGGGGACAUUUGGGCUGUAGCAGUUUGUUACAAAGGAAUUGGGCGUAAAGGGAGAAGUAAUGACUGUAGACUUGGCAGCAACCAAAAAUCAUGGAGAUUAUCCCGCUAUCAACAGAAUGUCCAUUUCCUAUAUAAUAAUAUAGAAGUCUCAAUCCCUGCUGUCUGCUCCUCUAGAAUAGGAGUGUAUCUGGAUCACAGAGCAGGAACUCUGUCCUUCUACAGCGUCUCUGACACAAUGAUUCUCCUUCACAGAGUCCAGACCACUUUCACUGAACCCUUAUACCCUGCUUUUCUAGCUGGAAAAGGUUCAUCUGUCAGGAUCAUAAAGAGCAGAGUUUAAAAAUAUAAUUUAUCAAAAAAUAGUACAUUAGAUACUACAUGACUGUAUUGGACAGUUAAAUUUACACAUCAAACAUUCAUUUAAAUGAAAUAGUUCUGAAUACGUAAAACAUGUAUUUGUAAAACAGUUUACAUAAAUCAAAGUAUAUUUUCUAGUGUGGUUGAUGUAACAAUGUUUAAGGCUCUGGGAAGAAGGAGGCGGGAACCGGAGAACGUUUCACAUAACUUUAAUAUCAAAAUGAACAAAUGCAAAACAAAAGUAAAGCAGCAGCCCCUCACGGAUAACUGCCACAUAAAUCAUAAUGAAAUAACACCAUAAAUGGUCCAGACCUGGUUCUCUCUCAUCCUCCACUGUUGUUGCUCCUCCUUUUAUCCUCCCGGAGCUGCUCCAUUAAUAAAUCGAGGCCGGUGUGGAGCGCAGGUGAUGCUCAUUAGCUAAUGGCGCCAACAGCUUUGCUCCGUUCCCACGACUCUCGACCCCGCCCUGCUUGCCACAGUUGAUUACAGCAACACUAUCUCAUGACCAAUUUAAAUGUAUUUUACGAGGUGGCUAAUUCAUAUGAAUUUGUAUGACGUCACUCGUACAAGAACAGAAUAGUAUCCUGAUCGGCCAGAACAUUUAGAUUUUUGUAAUAACAUUUUGUGUCGACAGGGUUUGUACGGUCGCUGUUACUGGGAGUUUGACUGCAGUGGGUAAAUUGGGCUGUAGCAGUUUCUUACAAUUUAGGAAUUUGUCAUAAAGGAAACGGUUAUGACUGUAAAUUUGGCUCAAACAAAGUAUCCUGGAGAUUGCCCUACUAUAAACAGAAUUUCCAGGAGUGUAUCUGGAUCACAGAGCAGGAACUCUGUCCUUCUACAGCGUCUCUGACACAAUGACUCUCCUUCACAGAGUCCAGACCACUUUCACUGAACCCUUAUACCCUGCUUUUCUAAAUGGAAUAGGUUCUUCUGUCAUAG